GUCGCCGCGCCGCGCCGCGACCUGCAGACCCCGCCGCCGCGCUCCGGCCCGGCUCCCACGCCCCCGCCGCCCUGCGCACGCAACUCCGCCGGCCGCCCCGCCCGCCCCGCGCGCUCGCAGACCCCCGGGGCGGCUGCCGGGAGAGAUGCUGGAAGAAACUUCUUAAAUGACCGCGUCCGGCUGGCCGUGGAGCAUUUCUGGGUUGGGGAGAGGAAAGGAAAGUGGAAAAAAACUGAGAACUUCCUGAUCUCUCUCGCUGUGAGACAUGUCUGAGACUCCUGCUCAGUGUAGCAUUAAGCAGGAGCGCAUUUCAUAUACACCUCCCGAGAGCCCAGUGCCCAGUUACGCUUCCUCGACUCCACUUCAUGUUCCAGUGCCCCGAGCGCUCAGGAUGGAGGAAGACUCGAUCCGCCUGCCCGCGCACCUGCGCUUGCAGCCAAUUUACUGGAGCAGGGAUGAUGUAGCCCAGUGGCUCAAGUGGGCUGAAAAUGAGUUUUCUUUAAGGCCAAUUGACAGCAACACGUUUGAAAUGAAUGGCAAAGCUCUCCUGCUGCUGACCAAAGAGGACUUUCGCUAUCGAUCUCCUCAUUCAGGUGACGUGCUCUAUGAACUCCUUCAGCAUAUUCUGAAGCAGAGGAAACCUCGGAUUCUUUUUUCACCAUUCUUCCACCCUGGAAACUCUAUCCACACACAGCCGGAAGUCAUACUGCAUCAGAACCACGAAGAAGAUAAUUGUGUCCAGAGGACCCCGAGGCCACCAGUGGAGAACGUGCACCACAACCCCCCCACCAUUGAACUGUUGCACCGCUCCAGAUCACCCGUCACGACAAAUCACCGGCCGUCUCCUGACCCCGAGCAGCGGCCCCUCCGGUCCCCCCUGGACAACAUGAUUCGUCGCCUCUCCCCGGCCGAGAGGGCCCAGGGACCGAGGCUCCACCAGGAGAACAACCACCAAGAGUCCUACCCCCUGUCAGUGUCUCCCAUGGAGAACAAUCACUGCCCACCGUCCUCCGAGUCCCACCAGAAGCCAUCCAGUCCCCGGCAGGAGAGCACGCGCGUGAUCCAGCUCAUGCCCAGCCCCAUCAUGCACCCUUUGAUCCUGAACCCCCGGCACUCCGUGGAUUUCAAACAGUCCAGGCUCUCUGAGGAUGGGCUGCAUAGGGAAGGGAAACCCAUCAACCUGUCCCACCGGGAAGACCUGGCGUACAUGAACCACAUCAUGGUCUCUGUCUCCCCGCCUGAGGAGCACGCCAUGCCCAUCGGGAGGAUAGCAGACUGUAGACUGCUUUGGGAUUACGUCUAUCAGUUGCUUUCCGACAGCCGGUACGAAAACUUCAUCCGAUGGGAAGACAAAGAAUCCAAAAUAUUCCGGAUAGUGGAUCCCAAUGGACUGGCUCGACUGUGGGGAAACCAUAAGAACAGAACAAACAUGACCUAUGAGAAAAUGUCCAGAGCCCUGCGCCACUACUACAAACUAAACAUUAUCAGGAAGGAGCCAGGACAAAGGCUUUUGUUCAGGUUUAUGAAAACCCCAGAUGAAAUCAUGAGUGGCCGAACAGACCGUCUGGAGCACCUUGAGUCCCAGGAGCUGGAUGAACAAAUAUACCAAGAAGAUGAAUGCUGAAGGCACCAACCCUCCCUCUCAGUGGGCCGGUGGCCAAGGAAACUCCUGCCCACCAGGACUGCUGGAGGCGUGAUGGAGCAGGCGGACUAAGAGUAGACAGGAAGAGACCCAGGAAUGGCAGUGACCCUUCUCUUGCAUACCAGGAGGGACCCAAGAGCACCUUAGACAAACCACCCAGCAAAGGCGGGGCUGGAAUUCUGGCCGAGGGCACGAGCCUGGGACUCGGGUUACACGUUCCCUACUAUUUCGGAAUCUCUCCAUCUGUAAUUCCUCACCCUCACCCUUCCACCUAUUGUUAGUUUCAUGGUGUUUUUGUUUUUGUUUUAAGACCAUGCAGUUUGACUUUUCAUCAUUCAUCUAGGGGAAGACAUCCAAGGUUGUUUUCAUAUGGAAAUAUAUAUCUAUUAUAUAUAUAUAUAUUUUUUGCAAAUCUCACAAAGUGCAGCAAAUCCAGCUGGUCAGGAAAGAGAAUACUUGCAAAAGGGUUCAGGUUCCUCUUUAUCCUACCACAUGGAUCAGGUUUGUUCCUGUUGCUGUUGGAUCUUGGCUGAAAAAAGAAGAAAGAAAGGAAAAAAAAAAAAAAAAAAACGAUGCUUUUAAAAAAGAUAAAGUGAAAAGGAGAGCUCUCUUUUUCUCUCUCUUGCUCUCUUUCCUUCCCUGCCUCCCUUCUUCCCUUCCUCCCCACCUGCUGUUGAGCUUCAGACACCUUUCAGCAGAGUUCAGCCUCUUGGAGAGUCUGGGGAACGGUUGGCACCUAAACAGUCGGUGGCCUGGGUGCUUUCGGGCCAGCACCACUAAAUCAAACCCACAUCCCAGCCUUUGGCCACCUGUCGGAGGGAGACGCUGCUGUCCUUCAGAAAGAUAAGUGCCAGUGCCGCGGGCUGCCUCUCACACGGCUGUGAGAAACAUGCGGCUCGUGGUUCCCCAGAGCAUCAGGUGAAGCUGGAAGUUCUGUCCACGUUGUUUGGAAGGACCCAGCACCUGGGGGUCAGCUGGCAAGUGCUGCAAAACGGCAAAUACGGAAGACCACACAGGCCUGAUGGUCCAGAAAUAGGGGGGAGGGGGAUCUGUUAUCCCCAAGCAGGUUAGAAGAGGCUAGCGAGGCAGGAGGGGUCUUCUCUGCUCUGUCCGAAAGGCCAGCGUGUGGUCAUUUCAUGUCCUCCCUAAUUUUUUCUUAAUUCCUGGGCUUUUUUUUUUUUUUUUUUUUUUUAAAUAAGUUUCCUGGUCCCCAUAGGACACAGGGCAUUUGAGAGGGGAGGACCCUGGAGUGUGCAGUCUCCGUUGCUAACAGCAUUGGCCCAACCUUGGCAGACAGGAAAUUCCUCAGAUACGUUACUGUUUCCUUCUUUCCUUUUUGCAUAGCUGUGUUUCCGAAUGGACCUACUCGUGACUCUUUUACACCUCAAAAUAAAGUCGAUAGUAUCUUGUAAGAUGAGGGAAGCGCCACUCCUUAGUACUUUUGAUGGUAACAUAUUUUUAGAGAGCAGCUUGGAUUUGCUUUCCUUUUCUAGCCAUCUAAAUUGACUCUUCCAAUACAGGUUCAGAAUCCAAUAUUAGGCGUACGGGGUUUUCUUAAUCCAGAAGAUUAGACCUGCCUUACAAAGCAUCCCCUCCUCGUUUCUCUGUUUCCUCGCCUCGGCAGAGUGAGUAGCACACAGCUCGCCCAGGGUAGGCAUGUGACUGUCAGCAGCAGGUCCCAGGUGAAGCUGCCAGACACCCACCCCACACACGCGCACACACACGCGCACACAACUUUCUCUUCCAGCCGUUUCUGAGUUGAGUCAGGCACAGCACACAGGCACAACGAGUUCUCUCCUGGACCACUGACGAGAACAUCAGCCUAGGGGGAGACAGGCCUAGAUAGACUGACUAUGGUUUAAGGACAGUGGAAUUGAGGAGCGGACCAAGUCCCUUCAGUCUUGGUCUGUUCCUGUGUCUUAUCAGACCACAUGUAGACAGGGAAGCGGCCAGCCGGCUCCCACUGUCACACAUUCCCUCGCUCUACCUUCCAGAAUAUUGGGCUUCCAGUGAAGUCUAGGACCUUGAGUGUGAGGCUAAAGGCUCCCAUUAUGAAGGGUUUGGUCUGACUCUCCUUGAAUGGUGAUGAAAUGCAGCUGGAUCUCAGCGUGCCACAGAUGUCUUUCAAGAGUGUUGAGCACACACAGUGAUACGUUUUCCAGCCUCUAUGAUGACUGAUGCUGUAUUUCAAAUGGAGAGAUUAAGCCAAAUACCUGGUGUGUUGUGAAAGCCGUUGAGUUUAACAGCUGGAGAGAAAGGGUGGAUUCUUACUGACGUCCUUUGUAUGACUGAAAUCAGAGACAAGGGCACGAUGCAGCUGUUCCCUAAGAUUAGGAGACCUCAUCCUGGUCACUUAACCUAAGUAGGAGGACUCAGACUCUUUGUAUUCAAAGAAUUUUAUGGUUGAAUUAUGGGGGGAAAUUCCCUUUUGAUCCAAGGAUUUCUGUAUUUGAAGCAAUACCCUAUAAGAAUCUGUAAGCGUUAGGAUGACACCUUCAGCCACUUGAAGAAGAAAUAGAAGGUGCUAAUUCCAGUGUAGUCUUUAUUUCCCACCCAGGUAUUACCAAUAAUGAUUUUCUGUUGAUUGCCUUAACAGCAAAAAGUCCUUCCCAUUUGUUCUUUGAGAGAAUACCUGGGCAGUGCUGACACAGAGAUAUAGUAGUUACACACUGCAGACCCCAAAGAUUGCAGACUCAAUUUAGCAAACCUUGAAAAGCACCUGCUAGACACUGAGGAAUUCAAUGAGGCGGGCACAAUUCUGCCCUCCGAGAGCUUACAGUCUACCUGUAGAAUCUAUUCCAGCAUGAUAUUUCUCACUUCAACACUACGUACUAGGGGUGAUGAAAAUUUCACCAGGGACCAAGGUAAAAAGCACAUCUAUGAACGGAAUAGUUGGUCUUCCCCCAUCAUGGGAAUUCUUGGCUUGCGAGACGAGAAAUUGGAAAGAGAAAAUGCAGAAGACAUUGCAGAGCAGGAGAACUUCCUGCAGCUGUGUCCAGGAUGGACGCGCUCACUUGCAUCUUGAAAUUCUGUAGCAUCUUCUGCUCCUUGCACCUUGAGUUAGCCAGGCUGCCUCUUCUCCAUCAGAAGACAGCAGCAGCAAUUGGCGAGACUGGAUUGUGUGGAAGUAACGUUAGCUCUAAGAGCUUUUGUCCCAAGGAAACUGGGUCUGGCCUAAGGCAGCAUCUCCAAAGUUCCAAAUCUUUUUUGGGGGUCCCCACAGGAAAAGAGGAAUAACAGAUUGAUGGAUUUGCUCCUUUCAACAGUAUCUUUGGAACUCUCUGGUCCAUUGUCUUUUUACACUGAUCCUUGUCCAAAUGAGAACAUAGAUUUAGCUGAAACGUAAGUGGCUAUGACAGUAUUUACCGAAAUGACUAAGUAACCACCAUUUCCACCUUUUCCCUGCUUAGGCUCCAACUCUGAGUACAUUUUUGAAACAUUAACUCUCUUUUGCAGAAGAGAAACCUGAGUAUCAGAAAGGUAAUACGACUCGCCCUAGGAGCAGACAGCCUGCCAGGGACAGAGUUAGGAUUCAGAUCCAGUCCAGCCAUACCCCCGUUUGACCCAUUCCCACCCAGGAAGCUGAAGAUAAAAGAUUUGGGAAAAUACACAAAGAACAAAGGGCAGUUUUCUUUGCCCAAGCAUUCGGUGCUAGUUAGUUUUCACCCACUCAGCCUGCUCUUCUGGGCAGAAACCUGGAAUGAAGGGAGUGAUACAAGAAAACCAAUGCGGGGGGCGGGGUGGUGGGGUGGAUGAGAUGGCAAUAAUCCCUGCCUGUCUAAAAACCACAGAAGACUAACCUAAUAUUCUUGGCCCCGUCUGCAUCAACACUAAACAACUACAUACCCUGCAUCUUUCAAAUAUGCCAAGUGAACAUUCUUGAAGAUUUCUCUUGUGACUGCAACCACCUGCAAACCAGAACCAAUCCAGAAUUUCUUUCUUGUUCUUUUUUUGUUUAAUUUCUGAUCUCUUGUUUAUGAGGUGUGGGGUUUAUAAGGGACUGAAUCAAAUGAAUGUAACAAAAAGAAAAAAAAAACAACAAAAAAAAUGCCUUUUCUCAGGGCCAGUGAGUUGCAAAUAAUUUUUAAAGAAAAGCCUA